AUGUUGAGAAGUCGAUUGCUCGGCACGACCUUUUCAAAGGUCCCUCGAGCAACGCCGUUCGGCCGAUGCAGACAUGCCUCGUCACAAAACUCCCUACUCCCCAAACUGGCCCAAACCUCGAUCUGGCAUUCCAUAAUACCUAGGGGUAUUCGUGAUCGCUGGACUCGGACCGGCAAAUAUGCAAACAAAAAGGCUGUCAACCCUGCCUCCUACUUCAUCUGGAUUUAUCUUCUCAUUGGCUCACAAUCCAUUCGCAUCAUGGGCAUUCAGACCGAUUUCAACACCUACAUGCGCAAAGCAGAUCUGAAGCUGAAUAAGCUUCGUGAAGUCGUUGAAAAACUCCAGAAGGGAGAACCAGUGGAUGUCGAAAAGGCUCUUGGUACGGGUGAUGAGAUCCAAGAACAAGAAUGGGAAGAUGCCUUGCAAGAGCUGAUGGACGAGGAACGGGUCUGGCAGAAUAACAGGAAAAAGGCACGAGAGGAAAGUGAACGUCUCGCUCAGGAAGAACGUGAUGCGAACCCGUUAAAUACAUCAAUUUACAAGGAUCAAGCAGCCACCACCAUCGAUAUUCCUUCAGCAUCAUCUCCAACUGGUCCUCGUCCCAGCCCUGGAUUCUAUUGA